AUGGCGCAGGAAAGACGGAGGUCCGUUGGGCUGCCCGCCCCGUGCAUCCUGGGCAUCGAUCUGGGCACCACAUCCGUAAAAGUGGUCCUGGUGGAAAAAAUGAAUAAGGUCCCCACCCUGGUUGCCAGCUGCACCAAGCCGGUGCAGGCCGAUGUGCGCAUCAAAGAGGCUCAGUUGCGGGAGAACGAGCAGGAUGUCCACAGAAUCAUUGAAGCUUUGAACAGUUGCCUAGUGUCUUUUUCUCCGGCUUUUGUGGAAAGAGUUUGCUGCAUUGGCGUUUCUGGACAGAUGCACGGGUCGCACCUCAGCGUGGCUUCUGGGUACGGCUGUGCCACCAUCUUCUGGCUCUUAAAGAACAGUUUGGAAGACUCUGGCUUUCCCAUCCGUUUGCUUCCUGAAGUGGUCGAUUCCGGAGACCUUGCUGGGGAAACCUGCAUACCGUGGCACCGGGUCCCAGCCGGAACCAAGGUUGGGAUAGCCCUGGGAGAUUUCCAAUGCUCAGUUUACUCUUGCAUGUCUGAAGACAGUGAUGCAGUUCUCAACAUCGGCACCUCAGCCCAGCUGGCGGUCCCCCUGCCACCCGGGUUCCAGCCUGUGGAGGCUCCAGAUCCAAAAUCACCCGUGCAAUAUUUCCCGUAUUUUGACAACCGGUAUCUGGCGGUGGCUGCUUCGCUAAACGGCGGAAACGUGAUGGCCGCGUUCGUGAAGAUGGUGUCUGGAUGGAUGGCUGAGCUGGGGCUGGAACUCUCCGAAUCCGAUGUCUACCGGCCGAUGAUAGAGGCUGGGUUGAGCCAGGCCGAGAGCUGUCUCCGCGUCUGCCCCACCCUCUUCGGGGAAAGACACGCACCCGCCACUCUGGCUUCGGUGACGGACAUCGCGGCCUCCGACAUGUCCCUGGGGCACGUGGUCCGCUCCUUGUGCCGGGGGGUGAUCCAAAACCUUCACGCCAUGCUCCCUUCCGGGAACCUGAAGGAAGCCGGGGCCGAGCGGAUCGUGGCCAGCGGAAGCGGGCUCUGCCGGAACGAAGUGAUGAAGCAGGAAGCGGAGAAGGCCUUUGCGCUCCCCGUGGUCCACGGCCAAGUCGCCGAUGCCGCCAUGGGGGCGGCUUACGUGAUGCUAAAGAGGAGUCCCCGGAGGGACCUUGGAGCAUCCAUCGGGGUAUGUGCUGGGAAAGCUUUUAAGCUAUACGACCGGAGGAGUCUCUUUGAUGCUGUAGCGCAAGGAGACCCGAGCCAAUUGGAUGAUUUGCUGAUCUUCCUGCUGGAAUCGUUAAAAAUCUUAACCGAUGCGGAGUUUAAAGAGCCCGACACUGGCAAGACCUGCCUGCUGAAGGCCAUGCUCAACCUCCACAACGGCCGCAACGACACCAUCCCUGUCUUGCUGGAGAUUGCGGAGAAGACGGAGAACCUGAAGGAGUUUGUGAACACCGGAUACACAGACAGCUAUUACCGGGGUCAGACGGCCCUCCACAUCGCCAUCGAGAGACGCAACAUGUACCUGGUCAACCUCUUGGUCAAGAACGGGGCGGACGUCCAUGCGAGAGCCCACGGGGAAUUCUUCCAGAAGAUCAAGGGGAAGCCGGGAUUUUAUUUCG